CAGGCACAUUUCAUAUGCAAAAUCAACUCUGUAAGAUGCAUGCUAAAUCCUUGAUAUGGCAUCUCAUUAACUUCUUAUACAUUUAGUGAUAGGCACAGACACUCAGUAAAAGGCAGCUAUGAAUUAUUGGCAAUGGAUGAAGUUUAAGAUACUUGCUCAACCUUAAAAGCUGCUGUGUGGAGACAGUGGAUCACUCAGUGAAGAUGCAAGAGGACAGGCCUUCUCUCUGCCUUCCACAAUUGGGCAUAAGCUUUGUAUUGGUGCAACAGCAGUCUUUGGGUAUAUGUGGGGCUGUGUGGAUAUUGGGGAAGCCCUGGAUUCCUAGAAGAACAUGGCAUCUAUUCUUGAGGACUGUCAGGAAUAGUGAAGUGAACUGGACUGAACUUCAUGAAGUAUGUUUCUAAGGGAUAGCUGGCUUUGCGCUCACUGGGCAUGGCAGAAUACACAGAGAUGCUUGGUUGUGCUUGCACUGUUGUUAUUACACACAUCUGAUUUGGAAGGCAGAAAAUCCCAUCCUUUUGUCUGGAAGACAGGUCAUUGGGGACGAUGCAUAGGUGACUGUGGUUCAGGUGGUGUUCAGAGUCGAGUUGUUUGGUGUGUGCAUUCAGAAGGCUGGACAACACAUCAUUCCAAUUGUGAAACAAGUGAUAGACCUGAAAGCCAGAGGAGCUGCUUUAAAAUAUGUGACUGGCAUCUUGAACUCUUUGAGUGGGACAUUUCCGAAUGGCACAUAUGUAUUCUAGUUCCUUUUGCUCAUGGUGAAGUCAAACCAAGGACUUCAGUAUGUGUAACUGCACAACAUGGAUUACAGCACAGAAGUGUACAGUGUGUUCAAAAGUUGAAUAGAACCAUUGUUACAAAUGAGAUAUGUGAAUAUUUUACUCCUAAGCCACCUACAGAACAAGCUUGCCUAAUCCCUUGCCCACGAGACUGUGUAGUAUCAGAAUUCUCAUCCUGGUCUUUGUGUAGCAGGCACUGUGGGAAGAGUUUACAGUAUCGAACCCGGGUUGUUCUUGCUCCUCCACUCUAUGGUGGAGCCAAAUGUCCAAAUCUUACUGAAUCAAGGAGUUGUGAUGUUUUUAUCUCCUGUUCUCUUGGGGAAGAGGAAUAUACCUACAGUCUUAAAGUUGGAUCUUGGACUAAAUGCCGAUUGCCUCACCUUAAGGAAAUGAAUAUGAUUGGGAGAACUAUGCUGGAUUUUAGUUCAGAUUCUACGGAACGAAGCACUUUUAAACUUGAAGUGGUUGAGAAUCUGCAAAACUUCCAUAGGCUUAAGUCCCACUACAAUUCCAAGCCUUGGGAUAUAGAGAUUGGUUAUCAAACAAGGCAGGUGAGAUGUACUCGAAGUGAUGGGAAAAAUGCUAUGCUGAGCCUUUGUGUGCAAGAAACCAUCCCCUUGACCUUUCAGUCCUGUAUUAUGCCUAAAGACUGUGAAAUGUCAGAUUGGUCUUCAUGGAGCUCUUGCUCAAAGACUUGCCACUCAGGGGAUCUGUCGCCAGGAUUCCGAAGUAGAACCCGGAGUAUAAAGCACAUUGCUGUAGGAGCUGGGAAGGAAUGCCUUGAAACAGAAGAAACAGAGGCUUGCAAUAUUGGAGGAGGAGAGCAUCUUCAUCCAUGCCCAAGAUAUUCAUGGAAAACAUCUGAAUGGAAAGAAUGUGAUGUUACCCUUCUGCUUGAAGAGCAGGACCCUCGACACAAUAAGCACACAACCCUUUGUGGAGGUGGAAUACAGAUUCGAGAAGUAUACUGUGCCCAAAGCACAUUGGAAGAAAUGCGCGGAUUAAAGGAAGUGACCAGACCUGUUGAGAACAAGCUUUGCCUUUCUCCUGCUCCCCCUGCUUCUCAACUGUGCAGUAUUCCGUGUCCUGCUGAGUGUGUGGUUUCCUCCUGGCUGGCAUGGGGCCCUUGUGUUCAUGAAAACUGCCAAGAAACCCAAGGGAGAAAAGGUUUCAAAAUGAGGAAAAGACACAUUGUUGUGGAACCCACAGGCACUUCUGCUGCUUGUCCACACUUGAUAGAAUCAAUACCCUGUGAAAAUCCAAUGUGCUAUCUGUGGAAUGUUUCAAAAGGGAUCUGUUUGCCUUAUAAUGGAAUAUGUGGACAAGGAAAUUGUGUGCUGCAUGCUGUAUGCAAGAACUACAAGGGUGAGGAUGCAUCAGAGGAUCUUUGUUCAGAGUCUCCUUCUCCUUCUGGAACAGCAACUUGUGAAGUACCAUGUGGAAUGGACUGUGUUGUAAGUGAAUGGUCAACGUGGUCAUCCUGCUCCCACUCAUGUUCCAGUAAAAAUGCAGAAGGGAGGCAAAGCAGAACUAGAUCUAUACUUGCUUUGCCUGGAGAAGGUGGAAAAUCAUGUCCUCCUAGUCGUGCACUACAUGAAUUUCGCCUCUGCAAUGAGCACUCUUGCAACCAGGUUUAUUGGGAAACAUCUGCAUGGAGUCCCUGUUCAGAAAACAUCUUGAUAACAGCUCUGAAUGCUACCAUUAACUGGAAUGGUGAGGCUACCUGUGGAGUGGGAAUACAGACCAGAAAGGUCUUCUGUGUGAAGAAUAAUUUUGGCCAAGUCCCAGCCAAAAGGUGUCCAGAAUCCAUCAGACCAGAGACAGUCCGGCCGUGUUUGCUGCCAUGUAAAAAAGAUUGUUUGGUGACCCCUUUCAGUGAAUGGACACACUGCUCUACUACCUGCCAACAUGAUAAUGCUACUGCAAUGAAACAGUCCCGCUACAGAAUUAUUAUUAAAGAUGUUGCCAAUGGAGGACAGGAAUGCCCAGACACCUUGUUUGAAGAAAGAGAAUGUGAAGACAUCCCUCUCUGCCCUAUGUACAGUUGGAAAGUCCAUAAAUGGAGUCAUUGUGUAUUAGUGCCGGAGUCUGUAAGACAAGGUGUCUUAGGAGUCAAUGAGGCCUGUGGUUUUGGUUUGCAGACAAGAGCCGUUGCGUGUCUCUUGGAAAGCAACCAUUCAGUAGAUGUUAGUGAGUGCAUGAAGUGGGCAGAGCCUAUGCCUUCCCUUGUUCAGGACUGCCUGAUUCCUUGUAAAGAUGACUGCACAUUCACCUCUUGGUCUAAAUUUACAGCAUGCGCUUCAGACUGUGAAUCAACACGAAGUAGAAGGCGAACUCUCACAGGGAGAAGCAGAAAGCGAGACAAGUGCCAGAAUACAGAAGUACAUCCUCAAGUUGAAACGGAACCAUGCCCUUGCACAAUAUUUACCACUCAGCCCCAUGGAAAUUGGUCAGAAUGCAUUAUUUCUGUUGGAAAAAUGGAGCACCAAUUAGAACUGAGACUUCACAGGCAUGCCAAAGAGUGUGGAGAAGGUGUGCGGUUCCGAACCCUUGCCUGCUAUGAUAGGACAGGCAGACUUGUGGAACCAUCUCACUGCAACCAUUCAGGUUACAUUGAAGAGCCUUGUAUGGUACCUUGCCCAUUUGAUUGCAAAUUAAGUGACUGGUCUAGCUGGGCUCCCUGCAGUAGUUCUUGUGGAACAGGAGUGAAAAUGCGGUCCAGAUGGCUUAAGGAAAAACCAUAUAAUGGAGGACGUCCUUGUCCAAAACUGGAUCCCAAGAAUCAGGUGUAUGAGGCAGUCCCAUGCUACAGUGAAUGCAAUCGGUAUUCCUGGAUAGUUGAAUCCUGGUCUCCAUGUGAAAUCAACAGUGAGCAAAACUCUCUCCACUGUGGAAGAGGAAUACAAACAAGGAAAAUCAGAUGUGUAAACUCCACUGAAGAUGGCAAUGGUGAGACUAUAGCCAACAUUCUAUGUAAUCAGUCUGAAAUUCCUCUUGAAACACAAAAGUGCACCCUUUACUGCCCCAGUGAAUGUGUCGUGUCAGAAUGGAGUUACUGGAGCCAAUGCCCACAGUCAUGUGACCCUAAUAUAAUGCAAACCCAGACUCGACAUGUGAUGAGAUCUCCUUUAAAUCCCAAGACCUGUCCUGAAGGCUCACAAAUGCAGCCCUGUGUUCUGAAUAAAAAUUGUUUUCAGUAUUACUACAAUUUAACAGAUUGGAGCACAUGUCAACUAAGUGAAAAUGCAGUCUGUGGGCAAGGUGUUAAGAAUCGCCUUCUAAGCUGCAUACGCAGUGAUGGGAAAGCAGUGAAUAUGGACUACUGUGAGCAGCUAAAUUUGAAAAUCCCUGAAAAAUUGAUUGCUCACUGCCUUGUGGAAUGUGUAGUCAACUGCCAGGUCUCUGAGUGGUCUGCCUGGUCCGAAUGUUCACAUACGUGUGGCCUUGCAGGUCAGAUGCUACGUACCAGAUCUGUAAUUAUGCCAACCCAAGGAGAAGGAAGGCCCUGCCCAGCUCAGCUCACCCAGUACAGGAGCUGUGCAAUGAAACCCUGCUACAGCUGGGUUCUGAGCGAGUGGUCACCAUGUAAAGUCGAGGGUGGACAGUGCGGAGAUGGAAUCCAAGUACGUAACCUGACAUGUAUGGUACAUGAUGGCUCUUUAUCGGCAACGUCUAAACAAGCAGCAAGUACAUUAUGUGGAGAGCUUCCAUCUAAAGACAGUGCACUGCAGCUUCCCUGUUCUGUACCUUGCCCAGGUGACUGUCACUUGACAGAAUGGUCAGAGUGGAGCCCUUGUGAAUUAACGUGCAUAGAUGGCAGGAGCUUUGAGACUACAGGCCGUCAGUCUCGGUCAAGAACGUUUAUCAUUCAGUCCUUUGAAAACCAAGACAGCUGCCCUGAACAAGAGCUGGAGACACGGCCUUGCUCCGGAGGGAAGUGCUAUCAUUAUGUAUGGAGAACAAGCCUUUGGCGAGAUAAUGAACGCACAGUGUGGUGCCAGCGUUCUGACGGGGUGAAUGUCACAGGGGGUUGUUCUGUUCAGAUGCAGCCAACUACAACCAGGCAUUGCAAUCCAGCCUGUAGAAAGCCCUUCUCUUACUGCACACAGAGUGGAGUCUGUGGUUGUGAGCGAGGCUAUACAGAAAUAAUGAGAUCGAAUGGUUUCCUGGAUUACUGCAUGAAGGUACCCGGUUUAGAAGAUAAGAAAGCUGACGUAAAAACGAAUGCUGCAAAAAAUAAACCUGUCAACUCAAAAAUGCAUGACAUUUUCAAAGGAUGGUCGAUUCAGCCUUUUAACUCAGAUGGAAAACCUAAAAUUUGGGUAUAUGCAGUAUCAGCAGGCGGGUUUCUCAUUAUAAUUUCCCUAAUCUUUACAUCAUAUCUUGUUUGCAAAAAGCCAAAACAGCAGCAACAUGCUCCUCCACAACAAAAGUGUCUGACCUUAGCCUACGAUGGAGACAUUGACAUGUAACAUGGAAAGAAAAUCCAAAUGUAGACAUCGACUGCCUUAACUGCUUUCCCUUUUGUAACGUUCACACUUCUUUUUUGUUUAUUUGUUUGGGAGACUCUCACAACUUCUCUUAAAACUGGCAGAUUACAAAGUUUGCAAACUUAAUGAUUUUGCCUUGGGGUUUACCUAAACAUGGCAUUAAAGGACCUUCUGUAUCUGAAAACACUUUUCCUAAGAGGGACCUCAGCAAUGCAUUUCUUCCUGUUUGACAAUGGGGAAUACGGACAAGCAAGUAAUUCUACAGACUUCAGCUGGUUUUUACCUUUAAAAGCAUGACAAUCCUGUGGAAAUAAAAAGUGACAUUUACUGUAAAGGACAACUUGGACACUGCAUCAUUAUGCACUAUAUUAGUGCAAUCUUCUUUAUUCUUCACCUCUUUCAACAAUGAGUUUUCUAAUGUUUACAUUUUGAGUUACAUAUUGGACUGUAAAGCUGGUUUCUGUAUUUUUCCAAAAUACAUCAGAGGAAUGUUGAGAUGUCUGGAAUCCCCUUGGUUUUCUAAGUUAUUGUGUCUUAAAGUUGGGGAAACAAUCUGAUUUCCUUUCCUUCAGAGGAGCAGCAGCAUAACAAGCAUUAUCAAAACCUUUCGAGCCAAGGUCCAGAUUGCUUUCUAAUGGUGUGGGAUUUUUAAAACAAGAUGGACACAUGUUUCGAUGACUUGAGGAGGUGAUGAGAGUGCUUGAAGAGAUAUUUUAAAUUGGUAUUAAGCCAUUUAGAUACAUUUUUAACCAUUGAAAACUGUAAUUCAGUUUGUUUAAUAUGAAUUCUGCUUUUGUAAUUUAAAUUUUUUUAUCAGAAUAUUUGUAAAUUCUUUUUUUUAAAGUUUAUUCUCUGACCUUAUUUAUUAUACAUCUAACACAGAAAAGCCCUGUUUGUAGAAGGUCUUGCUUUUUAAAAAAAGUUUCCAAGUCUACAUUCUGAACAUCUUGAAGAAGAUAAAUGUUUGUAAUAGUAUGUGUUGCAAGUAAGAAAGUGCCAUCUUGUGGUAUUGACAUGUAUUUAUACGCAAAUAAAAUGCUAAAGAGUGUGGGAA